GCCCGAACGAUUCAAUCUGUGUAUAUUCCUCGGAGUCUAGGAGUGGGUUUGGACCAAGGCCAACGAAAGAGGUCGGAAGAAUAAGGAGUAUGAUGUCUUCACCAGGUAGGAUGGCGGGUGGGAAAUGGUAUCGGCGGCAUGCCUUUCCAACCACGUCCCAUCCCGACCGCCAAAAACCAGCAAACGCACGAGGGAGAGGUCCCGUAGAGGUUUUCCAACCUUCAGCCUCGAAUGCUGAGGCUGCACGAUUGGGAUGUUAUAUUGCUUCAUUGCGAGUUCUCCCCAAAGGAUAACAGGAAUAUGUUCACGAUGAAGUACGUUGCUUAUGGCUAUAACAGGCGGGCCCAGCAUGUACACCAUGGUGGAAUGAAAUUUCUCGAGUCAAGUAGCAGUGGCAUGUCUGGUAUGCAGGAAGGAGUAGGAGUAGGAGGGAGAGCAUGUAGGAGGGAGAGCAUGUAGAAGGGAGAGCAUGUGAUCCAUACUUGGACCAAUCGCUUGCGACUUUGCCUCAGCCUGCAUGUUGCUCGACCACCACCACCAUCAACGGCCACGACAACUGACUCGGCUUGCAUUCUGUUGCCAUAUGAGACUUUAUGACUGCGUUCGCUGUUUCCAUGCCGUAUUGCUCGUACAUGGCAAUUCUAAGUUGUGUUUUGACUACCAAUGCUCUUGAUUUGACGAUGGGGAGCGUGGCGAUGUUGCACGCUCAUUACACUGUCCGUCGAUGGGUGCGAUCGCAUCCUGAUAGUUGCUACACCCAGGUUCCCCCGGGGGAAGGGGGGGUUUGUGUAGUUGGCUGCGAUGACAUUACUGAGAUGGUCGAUGUUACCUGACCGACCACACCAGUAUGUUCGUCGCUUUGUAUUGUCUAAGGAUGGAAGGUAGCAUAUUGCGAUUCAGACUGGCGAGGAUCAAGUGGCGGUCUUGUGUUUUGUGGCGAAUAACAUGUUGUGGACAUA